GUUGGGCGUCGGCGCGGCCUAGCCUGGGCCUGGCGAGCGCUGAGGGGUAGGGGGCGGGGAAGGGGAGGCGGCGGGCCGGCCUGAGGGAACGCAAAACCGGCUCGGCGGCGGAGGCGGGAGUGGCCCGGCCGGCCGUCCAGCGAUGCUGCAGCUACGGGACACGGUGGAAAGCUCGGGCGAGGCGGCGCUCUUCGUGCCGGCGGCCGAGGCCGACGUCCCCUUCACGCCUCCUGGCGACCUGCCCUCGUCGUCGCCGUCCUCGCUCUUGCCGCCCAGGCAGACCCUGCGACCCCUUAGCGUCCGCAACCCGACCCGCGGAGGGCGCCUGAAGGAGUACUUCGUCUUCCGGCCAGGAACAAUAGAACAGGCUGUCAAUGAGAUACGUGUGGUUGUAAUGCCCACUGAAGAUGGAGAAGUGCAAAGUGUAUGGCUGCUGACUGAAAUUGAUCAUUGGAACAAUGAGAAGGAGCGUUUGGUUCUUAUCACCGAUUGGUCCCUGCUGAUCUGUAAAUACGACUUCAUCAGCCUGCAGUGCCAGCAAGUGACCAGAAUAUCACUUAAUGCAGUUGACACAAUUUCAAUUGGAGAGUUUCAGUUUCCUCCUAAAUCACUAAAUAAGCGGGAAGGCAUUGGAAUCAGAGUGCAGUGGGAUAAACAAAGCCGUGCUUCCUUCAUCAAUCGAUGGAACCCAUGGUCCUCAAAUGUGCCAUAUGCAACAUUUACUGAACAUCCAAUGGCUGAUGCAGAUGAGAAGAUUGCUUCUCUUUGCCAGUUGGAGAACUUCAAGACGCAGCUGAUCCAAGCUGUGAAGAAGGCUCACAAGGAGUGCCCUCUGCCUGGGAGGGCAAACGGAGUUCUGGUUCUGGAGCGCCCUCUUCUCAUUGAGACCUAUCUGGGAUUGAUGUCUUUCAUCAACAAUGAGGCCAAGCUUGGCUAUUCAAUGACCAGAGGAAAAAUUGGAUUUUAACAGCCACUCGAAAAGCGGACCCGCUUACCCAAAGAAGAGCAAGGGAGCAAUCAGUGCUUGGCAAAAAUCCUUGGAAGAAGAAAGUGGGAGAAGCAUGUCGAUGAGUUGGAAUAGUUUUAGGGGUCAUUCAACAGAAAUCUUGCUCGUCAUAAAAUGUAUGUAUUGCGUUGGCCACUUCCUCGGGUGUAUCAACUUCUUUCAUGACCAGAUCUCUUCUGCUGCUCAUUAUCAAACCUCUCAUCAGUCAAGCAAAUGAUACCAUCCACCUAGACUACCCUAGCUAAGAUCUUUCCCUCCUCCGUGUGUCUAUGUUUGGAAGCAUGUUCAUGAUCUUUUCCCUUCUGUAAACACACUUCUAUUGCAGGUCUUAUUUCUGUAUACUUGAGAUUUCUUUUUGUAGGGUAACUAAUCUCUCUGAUUAAAGGCGUGAUUCUGUCAGUUUGGAAGGGUCAUGAACUAUUUAGCCAAAUGCACCCCAUUUUGACGGCAUCCAAGUUAACCUUUACGUUUAAGGCUGCCUGUUUGUGGUGAAUUGAAAUCAGGUUGAGUGAUUGUAAUUUGCCUUUAAGUACCUUAUACAGUUCCAGUGCAGACCUGUCUAAUCGUGGCUUCUCGUUCCUGCACAGCACCCUGAAAUUCUCACUGCGAACACACGUGCAGCGUGGUCUGCUUUCAUACGAAUCUUUGCCACAAGGGAUCAAGUUUUUCUAUCUAUAGGAAAGGGAAUUUUUGAUUAGCUUUAUAAUUUUUUUUACCUGUAAGAUUAAUAGCACCAAAGCAUGUGUACAACAGAUGGCUACAGUAGAGCCUACCUAGAUUUGUACAAAGCUAUACCUCUAUUAAAGCAAAGUAAAUAAAGCGACGUUGCGCUCUACUGCCUGAGUAGCCUAAGCCUGGGAUCCAGAAGGCUGUAUGAGAUCUGUGCCUGGAGGGCUUUUCAAACAGUUCCUUCUAGGAACAGCUUCCACAAGUGUCAAGGGCUCCUCUAGAGGAGCGUUCCAUGCAGAGAGCUUCCAGUGGGUGGGGGAAACGCCUCUCCCCACACUGCCUGCAAGAGCUGCUUUGGAUCCCUGCUUGUAUCUUGAGUCUGCUCAUUAAAUCUUUCUACAGUCAAGCUGUCACUUUAUUGAAAAUAUGUGUAAUAGUGAAAUACUGUUAACAGUACUGCUAAACAUACAUAUUUCAGAGUCUGAAACGCUGUGAAAUAAUGGUGCUGGGAUGCAACGGAUUGCAAGUCCUUUUGUUUUUAAGCCAUGUAUGUUUAAGCUUAUUAAACUUGGAAGUGUGGAUCUUA